CAUAUAUAUACUGUCGGCUGCAUGCGUUUCAAUUUGGUGCGUUGGCAGUGUCAGAGCUAUAGUCACGCGUUCAUAUAAAGAGUUUGGUUCUUUGCGCGCUCUUCAAUCCCACGCCUUCUCUUACCUUACAUUUCAGCCAAGCCUUUUUCAUCACCUGCAUGCCCACCAACCUACCUCUUAUUUUUCCCUUUUAGUUCUCUUUGCUCUUUCAUAAAAAGAUAAAUACAUAUAUAUAUAUAUAUAUAACUAUAAUUCUUAUGUGUCACUUACAUUCUGCAAAAUUCAAAGGAUAUAGAGAGAGAACAAAAGAGGGAUUACAUAAUUGAGUUAGAAAAUAUAGGAAUGAGUAAUGGAUGGUUGAUAAAAUGUUUGGUGGUGGUGAGUAUUAUUAUGAGAUGGGGUAGUAUUGUUAUGAGUGUAGAAAAUGUCACAUACGACGGGAGAUCUCUUAUCAUCGAUGGCCACAGACGACUGCUCUUCUCAGGUUCAAUCCAUUAUCCUCGCAGCACUCCUGAGAUGUGGCCAUACUUGAUUAAAAAAGCGAAAGAGGGAGGAGUUGAUGUGAUUCAGACAUAUGUGUUUUGGAACCUUCAUGAGCCCAAACAGGGAGAGUACGAUUUCAAUGGUAGAAACGAUUUGGUCAAAUUCAUAAAAGAAAUCCAAUCACAAGGGCUUUAUGCUUGCGUUAGGAUUGGACCAUUUAUUGAGAGUGAAUGGACUUACGGAGGAUUUCCAUUUUGGUUGCAUGAUAUACCCAACAUCACUUAUCGUACUGAUAAUGAACCAUUCAAGUUUUACAUGAAAAAUUUCACAACAAUGAUAGUAAGCAUGAUGAAGUCAGAGAGUUUGUAUGCUUCUCAAGGAGGUCCAAUAAUAUUGUCACAAAUUGAGAAUGAAUAUGAGAACGUAGAAGCAGCAUUUCAUGAACAAGGAGCAUCCUAUGUUCGUUGGGCAGCAAAAAUGGCUGUUGAUCUUCAAACUGGUGUACCAUGGGUGAUGUGCAAGCAAAGUGAUGCUCCCGAUCCCGUGAUUAAUACAUGCAAUGGAAUGAAAUGUGGAGAAACUUUCAAAGGACCAAAUUCACCAAACAAGCCAUCACUUUGGACAGAGAAUUGGACAUCAUUCUACCAAAUAUAUGGCGGGGAAACCUACAUAAGAUCAGCUGAGGAUAUUGCGUUUCAUGUGACACUUUUUAUUGCAAGAAAUGGAAGCUAUAUCAAUUAUUACAUGUACCACGGUGGAACAAAUUUUGGAAGAACUAGUUCUGCAUUUGUCAUAACAAGUUAUUACGAUCAAGCUCCUCUUGAUGAGUACGGUCUUUUACGACAACCAAAGUGGGGUCAUUUAAAGGAGUUGCAUGAUGUAAUUAGAAAUUGCUCUAAAACUUUACUAGCGGGAGCACCGACAAAUAUUUCCUUAGGCCGAAAUCAAUCGGCAUAUAUUUUCAGUGAAGAAGAAAGAUGUGUGGCAUUUCUUAUAAACAGUGAUAUAAGAAAUAAUUAUACAGUAGAAUUUCAAAAUCAAUCAUACAUGCUGAUGCCAAAGUCAAUAAGUAUUCUUCCAGAUUGUGAAAAUGUCAUUUUCAACACAGCGCAGGUAAAUACGAAUUCCAAUAUGAGAAUUAGAAGACCAAUUCUAAGGUUUGAAUCAACAAACAUGUGGACAAAAUAUAGGGAAGUUAUUCCAAAUUUUGAAGAUACCAAAAUAAGAGCUAAUACACUACUUGAGCACAUGAAUAUGACCAAAGAUGAAACAGAUUAUAUUUGGUAUACUCUGAGGUUCGACCACAAUAUUUCUUCAAUUGAAGCAAUACUUCAUGCAGAGUCUCUUGCACACGUGGCACAUGCUUUUUUGAAUGGGGUCUAUUUGGGAAAUGCACAUGGAAAUAAAAGUUAUAGUAAAUUCAUCUUGGAGAGUCCUCUUAUUCUUAAUGGUGGAAUAAAUAAUAUUUCUUUGCUCAGUGUUAUGGUUGGACUUCCGGAUUCUGGUGCUUUCCUAGAAAAGAGAAUUGCUGGGUUAACUAAAGUAGAAAUUUAUAGCAAAUCUGGAAAUGAGUCUUACGAUUUUACAGAUUACGAAUGGGGGUAUCAGGUUGGACUACUUGGGGAGAAGUUGCAAAUAUAUAAAGAACAAAAUUCGAAUAAUGUAGAAUGGAAUAAAUAUGAAGACCCCUCCAAUCAUACAACACUCACUUGGUACAAGGUUGUAUUUGAUUCGCCAACGGGAAACGAUCCACUUGCUUUAAACCUUAGUGCAAUGGGAAAAGGUGAAGCUUGGAUCAAUGGAAAUAGUAUUGGCCGUUAUUGGGUUUCAUUUCUUACUGCAAAGAACGAGCCAUCACAAUCAUUGUACCACAUUCCUCGAUCGUUUCUCAAAGAAUCAGAAAACCUUUUAGUAUUGCUUGAAGAAAUUGGUGGAAAUCCUCUUCAAAUUACAUUGGACACCAUUUUCGUCACUGAUUUGAAUGAGCACAACUCUUUUAAUCACAUUCCCCAAUCAUUCUUUUAAUGUUGAAAUAAUUUGUUUGUCUUGCAUUUUUUUUUAUAAUAAAUGAAUCCAGUUACUAUUAAAGUAUAAGUUAAUGAAAAUAUAAUUCAUAAUAAUAUAUGUAAGAAGUUCCAAUGUGUUUCUUUUUUA